AUGGACCCUUCACAAGUUGACGUCCCUCCGCUCAAGGAUCUUACCAUCGACAACAUCACCGAGAACGUGAACUUGAUCAACUCACAAUGCGAAGACCCGAGAAUGAAGUACCUGCUGGAGAGACUCGUCUCACAUGUCCACGACUUUGCCCGUGAGACCAGGCUCAGCACCAACGAGUGGAUGGCUGCCAUCCAAUUCUUGACAAAGGUUGGCCAGAUCAGCAGCGACGUACGACAGGAGUUCAUCCUACUCUCCGAUGUCAUUGGUCUGUCCCUGCUCGUUGACAGUAUCGAUCAUCCGAAACCUGCUGCUAGUACUGAGGGCACUGUCCUCGGCCCCUUCCAUACCCACGAAGCUCAACUCGAAGGCAACGGCGGUAGCAUUUCACACGAUCCUGAUGGCGAGCCUUGCCUUGUUCUGUGUACCGUCAAAGACACUGCCGGAAAGCCAAUCGACAACGUCAAGAUUGAUAUCUGGGAGACAGACAGCAAGGGCUUCUACGAUGUCCAGUAUGCAGAAAGGGAUGGUCCUGAUGGCAGAGCUGUCAUGAAGAGUGACAAUGAGGGUGUCUUCUGGUUCAAGGCCAUUGUGCCAGUGCCAUACCCCAUCCCUCACGAUGGACCGGUCGGUCAGCUCCUCAAGAAGCUCAAGCGUCACCCGUAUCGUCCCAGCCACAUGCAUUUCAUGUUCGAGAAGCCUGGCUACGACAACCUGAUCACUGCUCUAUAUCUUCGAGGCGACCCAUAUGAAACAUCAGAUGCCGUCUUUGGUGUCAAAGAAUCCCUGCUCAUCGACCUAGGCACCGUGUCAGGCGAACAGGCCAAAGAGUACGGCGUGAAAGAGGGCGACAAGCUCAUCACAUAUGACUUCGUCCUUGUUAGCGAUGACGAGUCACGCAAGUUACGAGAAGAGAAGGCUAUGGAGGCCAUGCAAAAGCUUGGGAGGAGAAUGAAGUUAUACCAGGGCUUGCCCGUGCCUGAUCUGGAUUAG